ACCGACUUUUGCAACUCUCUCUCUCUCACACUCUCACCACCUUCCCUGCUUUUUAGUUCCAACCCUGUUUUCUGUAACAAUAAGAACUCUCCUCUUCUGCCCAUCUCUCUCCCUCUGACCUUUCCUUUUCCUCUCUCUCUUGCUCGCCGCCAUUACCAAAGCCUACGCUUUUCUUGUUUUUUUUGUCUUUGUCUGCUGCCCAUAGCGGCAGAUAGUUACAUAUAUGUGGAGGAAUGCUAACCCUUAAAGAAAAUAUCUUGUAAGAGUUCUUUUUUCAUAAUAUAUAAUAAGAAAACCAAAGAAACAAGCCCGUAUAUUUUUAUUCUUGCCUUAUUCGACUCUUGAAAUUACACACAAGCCAAGUCUAUGCCUAGUUUCUGUUACUGCCCUAUUUAAUGCUUUUUCUCUACCUCUAUUCCUCACUUUUGCCCCUUUGUAUUCCUUCCGGUCGACUGGCAGAGAUAUUGCCUAAAACCAAGACAAGGCAACAAUGGCGGAUAAAGACCCAGAUUUCCCUUCUCAGAAACUCCCCUGUGCCUUUCAGGUUCUUGAAGAGCUAAAAGAGCUAUGGGGGAUGGCUUUGCCAAUAACAGCAGCUCAUUUAAUGGCCUUUUUUAGAGCAGUGGUCUCAGUCAUGUUCUUGGGCAGGCUAGGCAGUCUAGAGCUAGCCGGUGGUGCACUGUCCAUUGGGUUCACCAACAUCACUGGCUACUCAGUUCUCGUGGGCUUAGCCUCUGGACUCGAGCCAGUGUGCAGCCAAGCUUAUGGCAGCAAGAACUGGGACCUAUUAUGCCUCUCUCUCCAACGCAUGAUCUUAAUCCUCUUCAUAGCAAUCAUACCCAUAAGCCUCUUAUGGCUCAAUCUUGAAUCCAUCAUGAACUUCAUGGGCCAAGAUCCAAACAUCACAGCAAUGGCAGCAACCUACUGUAUUUAUUCUCUCCCUGAUCUUUUAACAAACACUUUGCUGCAACCGCUGAGGGUUUUCCUAAGAUCACAGAGGGUGACAAAACCCAUAAUGUACUGCUCGCUUCUGGCUGUUAUAUUCCACGUGCCACUGAACUACAUGCUUGUGGUGGUGAUGGGGCUAGGUGUCCCUGGGGUGGCAAUGGCAUCGGUGGUGACUAACAUGAACAUGGUGGCUUUGAUGGUGGGAUAUGUGUGGUGGGUAAGUGGACGAUGGGAGAUGAGAUGGACAGGUAGGAUUGCAGGGGUGUGUGGUGGGUUGGGUCCAUUGUUGAAGUUGGCAGUGCCUAGUUGUUUAGGUAUCUGCUUGGAGUGGUGGUGGUAUGAGAUAGUGAUUGUAAUGGCAGGGUACUUGCCUAAUCCCACUCUGGCUGUGGCCGCCACUGGGAUACUCAUCCAGACCACUAGCAUGAUGUACACUGUCCCUAUGGCCCUUGCUGGUUGUGUCUCUGCUCGGGUGGGGAAUGAGCUCGGAGCUGGUAAGCCAUACAAAGCCAAGUUGGCUGCCAUGGUUGCAUUAGGGUGUGCCUUUGUGAUUGGUAUCAUCAAUGUCACUUGGACAGUCAUCCUAAGAGAGAGAUGGGCUGGUUUGUUCACUAAAGAUAGUCUUGUUAAAGGUCUAGUAGCAUCAGUUUUGCCCAUAAUUGGCCUUUGUGAGCUUGGCAACUGUCCUCAAACAACUGGCUGUGGUAUCCUACGUGGCACAGCACGACCCGCGAUUGGGGCCCGUAUCAAUCUGGGCUCAUUUUACUUUGUGGGUACCCCGGUUGCAGUGGGCCUAGCCUUUGGGCUUAAUAUUGGGUUUUCUGGGCUGUGGAUUGGGCUGCUUUCAGCUCAAGUGGCUUGUGCUGUGUCUAUUCUCUAUGUUGUGUUGGUCCGCACGGAUUGGGAACACGAGGCAUUGAAGUCUAGGAAGCUGACCAGCUUGGAAAUGAGUCCAAGCAAUGGUGUUACAGGUAACGAACAUGAAGAAGAACAACAUGAUGAUGAUGAUAAUGAUGAUGAUGAUGAUGAUGAUGAUGAUGAUGAAUGUAGAAGGUUGUUUGUUAAUGGAAAUGGUAACACUGCCUAGGGAAGAGAUGGAGUUUGAGGAGAAUGUGCGAGAGAGAAGGUGGUGAGCUUUAUGGGAUUGUUUUUUGUCGUUUAACUACUUUUUGUGGAGGAUCCGACUCAUGCUGAGAAUUUUUGUGUGUCCUCUUUCUUUUUUAUCUUUAUUAGGGUUUUGUUGUGAUGGGGUUGUCAUGGAGAACCUUAUACAUCGUUGCGGUUGUCAUGAAGCUGUUUGUGGCCAGAGAAUGUCACUCUUCAUAUAUAUAUAUAAAAGGAAAAAAAAAAUGCUUCACAUAUUUUAACA